AUGGGAAAGGUGGAACGAGCGGUGGAGUUAGUCAAUCUAGAAGGUUCGGUGACGGUGUAUUUUGACGAGCCGGAGAAGCAGACAAAGAUUUGGUCCAUUGAGCGUCAGCUGGAGAAUUCGAGCAUGGUUGUGUACUUGGACGCUGACAUGACGAUUCAUCCAGACAGCAUUCGAUGGGGUCUGGUCCCACUGCUAUUGUCGCACACAACUUGGAUUGGGGACGUUUUUGUGCGGGAUUCCUGGCCAGGGACGGAGUGCCUAAACAGUGGAUUUGUGGCUCUGCGAAAGACACGGGCGGCCCGCCUGUUCUUGCGUUUGUGGGAGCAAAAGGUUUGGUGGCCUGUCUCAUGGGACCAAAGUGCUCUCGCAGAAUCAGUGCUCGAGUUGAUAGGCAUGGAGGUGGAGAAGUAUGGAAACAGGACGGGAUACCGGUCCCAGUGCAUGCGAUACCUCUUUCCAAUCCCGUUUCUGCGUUGCAGAGAGGCUUUAUUGAUUCUGGUUUUUGCAGAGGGCUAUGCUGCACGCCUUCCUCUUUUCUUGCAAGUGUUCAGACGCUUCUCUAACUCAAUCAAGGAAUGGCCUAGUGCCAUAUUCAAUGUAUUGUGA